AUGAAAUUAUUUUCUUUCGAACAACGACCGAAGUUUCAAGCAAAUCAAAUGACAUCGAUAUCUGAUGUGUCAAAAUCCAUUCCUGGCAUCACUGCCGAGAUUCAAACAACGGUCAAUGUAUUUCUGUUAGGACGCGAUGAAAACCACGUGAAUACUGAUCAACGUCGAUGGAGAAAGCGAAUGUUUCGAAGGCCACUAAACUCGUGUCACUGGAUUCUCAUCAGCAUGUUUAUUCUGACCAUAUUAAGUCUUCCACUCGUUGUCCUCCUAUCCAAAAAAUUCAUCGAACGUACUUUGAAACUUAGAGAAGCUGCUGCAUUGACCGAAGCUGCGUCAAAAUAUCAGAAGGACGCUCGAUACUCCGAAGCCUUGGUCAAUUAUCAACGAGCACUCGAUAUUCAAAGCAAAAUUCUCUCUCCAACUCAUUCAGAAUUCGCAUCUAAUUACAGAAAGCAAGGUUCUAUUUAUGGCAAAAUGGGUGACCAUUCGAGAGCACUGGAAAACUACAAUCGAGCUCUUGAAAUCCAAGAGAAAACUCUCCCCAUGCUACAUCCGAGUCUAGGCACGACGUACAAUGACAUCGGUGUAGUAUAUUCCAAUAUGGGCGAAUAUUCAAAAGCACUAGAGUACUACAACAAAGCUCUCGCAAUUCGAGAGAAAGCCUUCCCUCCUUUGCAUCCGAAACUGGCGACACCGUAUAGUAACAUUGCUUCCCUAUAUCACCAGAUGGGAGAGCAUUCAAGAGCGCUGGAAAACUAUAACAAAGCUCUUGACAUUAAGCAGAAAAGUCUCUCUGAGACACAUCCUAAACUAGCGACAACGUAUAACAACAUCGCUACACUGUAUUCUGACAUGGGUGAGUACUCAAGAGCUCUCGAAAACUACAACAAAGCGCUUGACAUUGAGCAGAGAAAUCUCUCUGUAUUGCAUCCCGACUUGGCAUCGACAUACAACAACAUCGGUUCAGUAUAUUCUCACAUGAGCGACCAGUCAAGAGCUCUCGAAAACUACAACAAAGCUCUUGAAAUCCUACAGAAAGUUCUUCCUGAAAUGCAUCCACGCUUAGCAUCGACUUACAAUAACAUCGCUGGCUCAUAUUACAAGAUGAGCAAUUACUCAAAAGCUCUCGAAAACUACAACAAGGCUCUUGCAAUCCUACAGAAAGUUCUUCCUGAAAAGCAUCUACAUUUAGCGUCGACGUACAAUAAUAUCGCUGUAAUGUAUUUUGUCACGGGUAAGCAUUCAAAAGCUCUUGACAACUACAGCAAGGCUCUCGCAAUUCAACAGAAAGCUCACCCAGAGACACAUCCGCACCUAGCGAAGACAUACAACAAUAUCGGUAUAGUGUACUCUCAUAUGGGCGAAUACGCGAGAGCUUUAGAACACCACAAAAAAGCUCUUGCUAUUCAACAGAAAGCUCAACUUCGAAAGAACCCAGACCUAGCGUUAACUUACAAUAACAUUGCCAACAUAUAUGACAAAAAUAUGGGCGAAUAUUCAAGAGCACUAGAAAACUACAAGAAAGCCGUCGAAAUCCUACAGAAAGCUCUUCCUGAGGACCAUCCAGACUUAGCAUCGAUAUACAAUAACAUCGCCGGAGUGUAUUCUGCUAUAGGCGAGCGUACCAGAGCUCUGAAAAAUUACUACAAAGUACUUAAAAUGCAACAGAGAAGUCUGCCUGUAUCGCAUCCAAAUUUAGCGGCGACGUACAAUAACAUUGCUACAGUGUAUUCGGCUAUGAACAAAUAUACGAGAGCUCUGGAGUACUAUAAUAAAACUCUUGACAUUCAAUUUAAAGCUCUUCCUGAGACACAUCCGAAUAUAGCGACUACGUAUCAUGGCAUAGGUAUGGUGCAUUCUGGCAUGGCUGAGUACGCAAAAGCCCUGGAAAACUACGAUAAAGCUCUCACAAUUCAACACAAAGUACUCCCUAAAAUGCAUCCAAGUCUAGCGACGACAUACAACGACGUCGGUUUAUUAUUUUCUAAGAUGGGCGACUACGCAAGAGCCCUUGAAUAUUAUAACAAAGCGCUUGAAAUUCAACAGAAAGCUCUUCCUGUGAUGCAUCCACAUGUAGCCGAGACGUAUAACAACCUUGGCUUGGUGUAUUCCCAAUUGGGCGAUUAUUCAAGAGCUUUGGAGAACUAUGAGAAAGAGCUUGCGAUUCAACUAAAGAUUCUCCCUGCGACACAUCCCCGUCUAGCGCCGACGUACCAGAACAUGGCAUUGGUGUACUACAAGCUCGGUUUGCAUUCAAAGAGUCUUGAAAAUCUUAGUAAAGUGUUGGAUAUUCAGAGGAACUAUUUGCCUGCGAGUCAUAAAGACUUUGCCAUUACAUACCAUAAGAUUGGGGAAGUGUACAAAAAGUUAGGAAUGGAUUCUAAAGCUCAGGAAUACAAUAAGAUGGCACUUGAAAUUAACCAGACUAUGAUGAAAUAG